AUUUCUCAUUCAGAUGAUGAUCUAGUAAAGUGGCAUUCUCCGCCAUUCGAUGAAAUCAGUCUUUAACGCGCAUUCUUGGAAAACGGUUCAGAUACUGAUUGAGCGAAUAAACUCGAAAAUUAGUCAUGUUUUUGAGACUAACGGUAUUUCUUAGUCUAGCUUGUUUAGCGAUCGCUUCGUAUGAUGAAGAAAAGGACACGAUUAUAACCUUACCCAACUUGGGUUCGAUACAAGGAAAAGUUAUUGAGACUGCGUGGUCGCACAGAGAAGUACUACAGUUUGUUGAUGUUAAAUAUGCAGAAGCACCUUCGGGAAAGUAUCGAUUUAAGGCCCCUCGUCCCGUUGAACCUUGGGAAGAUACAAUGGAUGCGACGGCUGAAAAAAUUGGUUGUCCUUCAAUAGUUUCGAUGAAUUCAUUGCAAAAACUAGAUGAUUUAAUGGAUAUUGAAGAUUGCUUGUCAAUGACUAUUACAACACCAAACGUGUCUGGCAGUUAUCCUGUACUAGUCUACAUACAUGGAGAAUAUUUGUAUGAGGGCAGUAACUCGGAAGCUCCACCAAAUUAUCUGUUAGAAAAAGAUAUUGUUUUGGUAGUGCCGCAAUAUCGCUUGGGUCCAUUUGGUUUUCUAUCAACGAAAACUGAUGAAAUUCCCGGAAACGCUGGAGUUUUGGAUAUAUUUUUGGCAUUACAAUUUUUGAAAUAUUUUGUAAAAUAUUUUGGUGGCAAUCCGGAUAAAGUGACAGUAGCUGGCCAAGUGGGUGGUGCUGCUAUUGCGCAUUUAUUAACUUUGUCGCCUAAGGUUGAAAAGGGAUUGUUUCAUCAGGUGAUAUACCAUUCCGGGUCAGCUUUAAUGCCAACAUUUUUGGAGGAAAAUCCUCGAAAGUUUGCUCAAGAAAUUGCCGAAAAGAACAACUGUACAAUGAAAACAGUGAGAGACUUAAAUCAGUGUCUAAUGGAUAUGUCGGCUUUGGAAUUGCUAGAAGCUUUUAUGACACACGGUAUUGAAAAGUCAGACUUGGGUGUAGGUCACACUGGUGGCAUACAAUUCACUAUAGGAGGGCCAAGCGGAGUUUUACCAGAACAUCCAUAUGACUUAAUGCUGAAAUCAAAUAAUUCAUACCCAGCAAUGGGUGGUUGUCCAAAAAAUGCUGGAUCUAGGACACUUAAUGAGAUCGUUGAAAAUGAUUGGGAAGGAAAUAUACCGGAAGAUACUUAUAAUAGCUAUGAUUACAUUGAUCAUGUUAUCCGACAAGUCGUGGGCACUGACAAAACUAUGCUACUGACCAGUUUUGUUACUCAUGAUUUCUUUAAUAGAAGACUUAUGGAAAAUGGUACAUUUCCCACCUUAAUACCCAGAUUAAUUGAUGUGGCUGGUACACUUUUACACAAACUGCCAGUAUUACUAGCUUUAAACAUGAACAAUAAACAUGUGCCCGACAAUACAUUUCUUUAUUCAUUCGAUUAUUCGGGAGAAUUUAAUCGCUAUCGAGAUAUGGAUGAGGAGCAUAAUAUGCAAAGUCCUUUUAAGGCUGGUGUCUCUCUUACAGAUGAGGCUUUAUACUUGUUCCCUUAUCCAGAGCAUGUCGAAAAAUUAAGCCCACCCGAUGAAUCAAUGGCAAAACGUAUGGUAGAUGUUUGGACUUCAUUUGUUAUUAACGGCCAUCCUUUCGGAAGCCACCGUAGCGGAUAUUGGCCUCCCAUGACCACUUUGUAUGGACCCUAUUUAAAACUAGAUGAAACCUUUACCAUAGCCGGCAAUUAUUUUAAAGAAUUUUCGGCUACGAUUAUGGAUGAAGAGUCUGGCCACAGUCUAAUAAGAGAAGUUUACUAUCUUAGGCGUAAUUACAGUGAGAGGCAACAGAAACAGAAACAUCGAUCAAAAACUGUAAACAUGAGAAGAAGAUUCACCAUUAAUCGAGGCAGGCCAACUCGUAGGACAAACAGGAAUGCAUCAACGAAGAAAUCAAUUACCAAAAAUAGUAUAAUUAGACGUCAACCAAGUAGAAAUAAAGUAAUAUAUAGAUUUUAAGAAUAUUAA